AUAUUUUUCGAAUGUCAAUGUCAAAAAGUCGAAAGCCCAAAGGAGGCGUUAACGAUAUUGUAAUUCUAAAAUAAAUAUAAGUUUAAUUAAAAUAAAAUGAUUCGCUUCAUUUUGAUCCAAAACCGAGCGGGUAAGACAAGAUUGGCGAAAUGGUACAUGAAUUUUGAUGAUGACGAGAAACAGAAGCUCAUAGAAGAAGUGCACGCUGUUGUUACGGUCAGGGAUGCAAAACAUACGAAUUUCGUCGAGUUCCGCAACUUUAAAAUAGUGUACCGGCGUUACGCUGGCUUAUAUUUCUGCAUAUGCGUCGAUGUGAAUGAUAACAACUUGUGUUAUUUGGAAGCCAUUCACAAUUUUGUUGAAGUCCUCAAUGAAUACUUCCACAAUGUAUGUGAAUUGGAUCUGGUAUUCAAUUUCUAUAAGGUAUACACAGUAGUGGAUGAAAUGUUCCUGGCAGGAGAGAUAAGAGAGACAUCACAAACCAAGGUCUUGAAGCAGUUGCUGAUGCUGAAUUCCUUAGAAUAAGUUAUUUGUGUUAAAUGUUGCAGUUGAUGAAUAUUAUAGGCGAUAGGCAUAAGUGGUCUUUGUCCCUUACUGUUUAAAUAUGCUUCAAACUUAAUAGCGGCUCGGAACAUCAUACGAUCUGAUACGCAAAAAAUCAAUUUUAGAUAUUAAAUAAAAUCAAAUCAAAUCAAAUCUGUUUAUUUGCUCGUAUAUGGUCAUACAAAGGUGUUAUAAGCGGGACGUUAAGGAACCUGUGCACACCCGCACUCACACCUGCACCUAACUUCCGAACCGCCAUUAAGUUUGAAUCAAACUGUACUUGAUGCCUAAAUUUGUGUAUGCAAUGUAGGUAAAUACUCAUUCCAUAUAGAUUCACCACAUACAUGCGUUUUAAAAAAUGUGUAAAUAUUCUGUCUGCAAAGGUAUGGCGAGUUGUUUGAACUGCUAUUUUUUCGUUUGAAGGUAGUAUUUUCUUGCGAUUGAUUUUACGCGAGUAUUAUACAUUUGGAGAAUAAAGAUUUGAACGGAUUUUAAACGCGAUUUAUUCAUUUAAUUAUUAUCCCGACGUUUUGCACACUUUGCAGAAAGCUUGAUCACGGGGAGACUGGCCGUCGGGGUCAUAAUAAAAUGUAUAAAUCGCGUUUAAAAUCCGUUAAAAUUUUUAAUUUCUAAAUUGUUUGAAGGUGUUUAUUUAAAGCUAGUAAUUUACUAUGAAUGUAUCAACAAAUCUCAUUAGUAUUGUUUGUAUAUAAAUAAAUUAUAAAAAGACAUAUAUUAUCUUGUAAAUCUUUUAUUUAUAAAGUGUAUAAGUUAUACCUUGUAAUCUAAAUAGAGAAUAUUAAAUACA